AUGGGUUUUCCAACUCUUUGGCGAAAGUGGAUUAAAGAUUGUGUUGGGACGGCAACGGCUUCGGUGUUAGUAAACGGGUCUCCUACAGAUGAGUUCUCCUUACAUAGGGGUUUGAGGCAAGGGGAUCCUCUUUCGCCCUUUUUGUUUCUUUUGGCGGCGGAAGGGUUUCAUGUGCUGAUGGAGGCUUUGGUUGCAAAUAAUUUAUUUAAUGGUUUUAAGGUGGGCGGCUCGGAUGCGGUGGGGGUGUCGCAUCUCCAAUUUGCGGAUGACACUCUUAUAUUAUGUGAUAAAUCUUGGGCGAAUAUUAGAGCUUUGCGUGCUAUCUUAUUACUAUUUCAAGAACUCUCUGGUCUUAAGGUGAAUUUCUCUAAGAGUCUUUUGGUGGGGGUUAAUGUUCAUGGUUCUUGGUUAGCGGAAGCGGCAACGGCAUUGAAUUGUAAGGUUGGUUCCAUUCCCUUUGUGUAUCUCGGUUUGCCUAUUGGAGGGAAUGCUAGUCGGAUGGAGUUUUGGAAGCCUCUCAUUAAUCGUAUUAACUCUAGAUUGUCGAGUUGGAAGUCGAAAUUUUUGUCUUUGGGUGGCCGCUUGGUUUUACUUAAGUCUGUCCUAUCGUCUCUGCCUGUUUAUGCUCUUUCUUUUUUUAAGGCUCCGUCAGCGGCUUUGCGUGCAGAGGGGUGGUUUCAGAAUCAUGUGAGUCGUAGCUUGGGUGAUGGAUCCAAUGUUUUGUUUUGGAUGGAUGUUUGGGUGGGAGAGUUGUUGCUCCGGGAUAGGUUUAGGAGGUUGUAUGACUUGUCGGUUUUGAAGGGGGAGUCGGUCGCUUCGAUGAGAGUGUUAGGUUGGGAGGAGGAGGGUGAGGCGUGGAGGUGGAGGAGAAGGUUGUGGGCGUGGGAGGAAGAGUUGGUAGGGGAGCUUAGGCUUUUACUUCAAAAUGUUUCUUUUCAGGUUCAUCUUGAUCAUUCCGUGAUGUCGAUUUCUUUGUGGCACAAGGAAGUUCCCUUGAAGGUGGUGCUAUUUGCGUGGCGUCUCCUUCGUGAUCGGUUGCCGACUAAGGACAAUCUUCAUAGGCGGCAUGUUUUAGGUGUUGAUGAUCAAUAUUGUGUUGGUGGAUGUGGUCUUGUUGAAACAUCUAAUCAUUUAUUCUUACAUUGUAAUAUUUUUGGUUCGGUUUGGAAUUACAUUUUCCAAUGGAUUGGAAUAGCUACGGUGAUGCCUUUCGAUGUAACAGGACUUUUUAAGCAGUUCACCCUCUUAGGAGGUUUCUCUAAGUCGAGGCAAUCUAUUCUUCAGGUGAUAUGGUUUGCGACUUUGUGGGAAAUUUGGAAGGAAAGGAAUAAUAGAUUUUUUAAUUCGAAGGAUAGCCCUAUUAUAGAGGUGGUGGAUAGGAUUAAGUUGUUAACUUUCAAGUGGUUGAAGGUGCAGUAUGCUAACCUUCCCUUUAAUUAUCAUGGUUGGUGGCUUAGUUCAUUCUCUAUUCUAGGCAUAGGGUAA